GUCGCUGUGUGGCGCUGGCGCAUGAUUUGUUUUGAUUUUUCUCGGCUCCUGAAAAGAAAAAGAAUUUCCUCGAUUUUUCCGUGAAAAACCCGCAAAAAUGGGACGAAGAUCAAUAAAUACCACCAAGAGUGGGAAGUACAUGAAUCCCACAGAUCAAGCACGAAAGGAAGCCCGGAAGAAGGAGCUGAAGAAGAACAAGAAGCAGCGUCAAAUGGUCCGGGCUGCUGUUCUCAAGGGGAAGGAUCCAUCGCAGAUAAUCGAGGAGAUGGAGAAAAUUGAUGAAAUGGAGUACAACGUAUUCCAGCCAUCACCCCUCAAUGAAAAGGUUCUCAAGGAGAAGAGGAAGAAGCUAAAGGAGACUUUUGACAGAGUUAUGAGGCUCUAUCACACGGAUGAUCCGGAACUGUGGGCUGAGCUGAAGCGAAAGGAGGUGGAUUAUGAGAAGAGGAGGAAUAAGAAAGUUCAGUACUAUGAGAGUGUCAAACAUGCCCAAUCAGUGCAAAUUGAUGACAUUCCCCUGCCACAAAUGGCUGCUGAAUCCGCCGCACCAGCUACCCCAUCUCAGGGCAGUGGAGGAGGUGCCUUUGGUGGUGGCCAGGGGCGUAUUCCAUUGCCACCUGUGUCAGCCCAAGCACCACCCUUUGUGCCCAAUGUCCAGCAGAGUAUCCUGAAAAAGCCCUCGGAGAAGGGAGAUGAAAAAUCCGGACAUAAAGUGAAGAAAGAUCCUCCAGGAUGCCCUCCGGGUCCUUCGCCGAACUUGCUGGACAUGCGGGAACUCGAUGAGGACUACGAUGAGGAACCACGACCGAAGAAAAUAAAAACAAUCCGAUUUUCCGAUGAACCACGAGUGAAGGAGAAGCCACCAGUGGAGGAUUCAGGUAGAGGAGGAGGUGGAGCUCCUGAGGAUGAUUCCCACAACAAACCAACGUCAAUUCAGCAAAGGAUACUUGCACUUUCGGGGCAGAAUAUUGAUGAAUUCAUGAAGGAAAUGGAGAGUGUGCAGAAGAAAAAGGAACAGGAGAAGAGUGGAGAAGCGGAUGUACUGCCAGAAGAGAAAGGAACUGAGAGCAAGGCAGCAGCUGAGAGUGAGAAGGAUAUUGCGAAGGCAUCAUCAGCAAAUCCCCCAAUGCUUCAUCCUCCGGGGAUUGCCCUUCCGGGUGGACCACCUCCGCCACCAAUGGGUCUCCCUCCUGCACAGAAUAUGCUCUUCCGGCCACCUCCCUUGCGACCUGGAAUGCCCGGAAUGGGUGGAAUAAGAAUGCCACCGGGUCCCCCACCAGGACGCCCCGGAUUACCUCCUGGUCCUCCACCGGGAAUGCCCCCACGGCUGGGUAUCCGUAUGCCACCGGGGCCACCGCCGGGAAUGCCUCCGCGUCACGGCAAAGGGCAUCACCAUCAGAAUAUCCUCUCAGCUGGACCACAGCUUGUCUCCAAGGAUCCCAAGAGUGCCACCAUCACAGCCAAGCCACAAAUUCGCAAUCUCAGCGCCGACGUGACGAGAUUCCUUCCUGCAGCUCUGCGUGGGAAGCGCGAAGAGAAGCAGAAAUCCCGAUCUCAGCACCAGCAGCAGCCGCAGUACUCACACUUUGUGCAGAAUCGCAUUCCGCCAGAUCAGGUGCAGCACCCUGGUACGGUGGCAGCCCCAACAGGAGGCGCAGCAGCAGCACAGAAGAAAGGACCCACAAAGGACGAUGCUUACAUGCAAUUCAUGAAGGAGAUGCAGGGAUUGCUCUAAGGGCGCAUGAAUGGGUACAAAACGCCCUUUUGGGUGGGAAUUGUGUAAAGAGGGAAAAUCCGGAAAAGAAUAGUCGUUGUCGCAAUAAAGGUACGUCUUGUUCUCCUUCU